AAAUAGUUAAAUCUGGUAAAAGGGAAAUAUCCAUUAAUGAAAUACCAGAGAAUUAUAUCAAAAUCUAUACAAAAGGAUGGAAAGACAUUCCAGAGCAAAGACCAGUUAUAGAAGAUUUUCAAAUGAAUCAAAUGAUCAAAUUUCUUUCAGAACUUCAAUUAGUUAAGCAAAUUUCGAAAUUGCAGUUUAAUAAUGAACUUAAAAAAUUUGAAUAUAAUGGUUUUGAAAAUCUUGAAGGAUUGAUUAAGUACGUGGAUCCAAUACUAUUUAAAGAAGAGAGAAAAUUUAGUAGAACUAAAGCUUCUAGUGUUGGAAUUUUACUAUGGAAAAUCUCAAGUGGGAAAAUUCCAUAUAAAUCAUAUGAAUCUAGAUUAGAAGAUGAAUUAGAAAAAUUGGAUUUAAUUUCUUAUAUUAUUCAGGGAAAUAGAAAAAAUCCAAUUGAAAGAACAUUACAAAAUAAUGUCAAGAUCUAUCAAGGUUGUUGGAAUCAAGAUCCAGAUCAAUGUUCAAAUAUUGAGCAUGUAAUUUAA